AUGCUCUCAUCACAGGAGUUGGAGCAGCUGCUCAAGCACACCCAGUACAACAAUUCGUACGAGGACGACAGCGACGGCGACCAGGACGCGGAGCCCGCCCUACCGAUUUGCCUCCCCGCCCCACUGCUGCUUGUCGGCGAUGGCGACUCCAACCCGUGCGUCGUGGCCGCAACGGCGCUCCCCCUUUCUGGCAGUCCCCAGCCCCCGCUGCAGGCCUGCGAGCGAGAGAAGUUCGUCGUCAACACGACCGAGAAAGAGUCCGAGUUUGUGUCGCAGAGCGAGAACAACAUCUCAGACACCCCUCUCGUAGCGCAGCCCAGCGGGCCGCACGCCCCUCCGCCGUACACACCCGCCGACAACGCCCGCGUCGCGGCCGAGAUGGACUGCUGCUCGGCGAUCGAGAAGGCGAAGGUGAAGACGGUGAUGUGCCUCAACUACAUGCACGGCCGCCGCUGCCGCUUUGGGGCUCACUGCGCCUUUGCCCACGGCGCCGACGAGCUGCGCCAGGCCCCGCCGGAGAUGAUGGCGAAGAAGCAGGCCAUCGUCACGAGCACGAAGCCGCCGCUGACGGCGACACCACCGCCGAGUUACCGCGAAGCCCUCGCCGUCCCGCAGGUGGAGUCGCCGGAGUUGGGCGCCAUCCCCGCCUACGAGGAGGCUCUCCGUGAGCAGCACGAGCACUUGCCCCCUCCACCACCAACGGAGGCGUUGCUGUCGAUGCAGAUCGAUGCAGACCCGGCGGUGCAACACGCGUCGUCGGCGAAACGGAGUAGCGGCUUUCCAGGCCGUCAACGUCCGCAGGGAAGCGGUGGCAAUGCGCGGAUGAUCAAGUCGAAGCUCCGCCAUGUACGGCGCUCGCCUGUCUAG